AUGUUGGGUGAGGCUGAAGCUCUUUGUGACAAAGAAGACAAUUGGAGGAAUGCUAAUCAGAGGAGCAGAUAUGCAUUGACGUUUAGAAGAAUGUGUGAGAGGCGUUUAACUCAAGAUAAUGCUACCAAAUGUUGUUUUUUAAAUGUUGUUAGAGAUGUUCUUCAAGGAGUAGAAUCUCCAAGAUUCGAAGUAUUACAAGACCAAGAAUUCAUGGAGUGUAUAUCCGAGCUCUCUACCACUGUCCAAAAUGAUGUUAUUAGAAGAAGUAUAUGUCAGCUAAGAAACUGUCUAACUGAGAAGCUCGUUUUGAUUGAUACAAAUAUUUUACUGAAUGAGUGGACGUACAAAAAGCUACAUGCAUUCGCAAAGCUAUCAUCAGUUGAUUAUCGCUUAGUGGUCCUUCCGUUGGUGAAGAUGUUCUUACAGGAUAAACUGAUGACCAUGAUGAAAACACAUAAGAGAAAGAUUACAAUAGCUGAUGCAGAAGCUUCUGCUAAGAAGGGACGGAGUACUCAAACGAGGUAA